AUCGUGCUAACGAAAAGCUAGUUUCGAAUUUCCUAUACUCGAAACAUCCCAACGAAUGCAUUGCUUGGUCACAGUAGCUCUUCGUUUAGCAGAUGGGGUCUUCAAAGGCUUUCGAUCUCUUCCAUCCCGACAAAAUUUGGCCAUUCAUGACUUUCCACAAUGCACUCAAUUCCUUGGGAGUCAGAGCGGGAUACAAGCAAUCGCUCUCUUCCUACGGUUUCAGGAGGGGUUUUGGUAUUAUGCUUGACAGCUGAAAGGAGAAAACACAUGGGCCACCAAGACAAUCAAACUUUCCAACAUUAUAUAGGCCAUAUUAGUGGAGUUGACAUGAGCAACAUCGCAGAAGGGCGAGCGCAAAGAAUGGCGUUAUUCAACCAGCUCAGAUCCAUGAUCGUUGAACGCAUUGAGAGCGAUGAUUUUCAAGAUCUAUCGAUAGAAAAUGCCGAAAGCAGCAUUACGACAGAAAUCAUGGAAGAUCUGUCAAAGGAAGCGAAUUCAACUAUUGUCGUUCCCACCCGAGUCUUUACAAGGCUACAAAAGUCAGUGCUGGCAUACAGCCCCGCUCGAGCACGCUUGGUCGACAACUUCUACAAAGCUCCAACGUCGAAUCUAACCAGCUGUGCUGAGCCCCUCUUGGAACUUUCUUUGCCUGGCGCAGAGUCAACAUUCUACCCCGGACUCUCUCUAACUGACGGGCUGAAAUGCCCCAUUUGCAGCGCAAGUCUAAUAUCUGUACUAGCGGACUCGGACAUGCGUGGUUGAUCAUCCAGGCUUUUCGAGCGUCGACACAGCCAUUCAGAUAUAUCCUCAUGCUUUGGACCUCGCCAUACAUAUGGCAUCUUCCUCUUAGUGUAUAUAAUAGGGUUUGUUGAGAUGUGUCGACGCACAACGGUAUACAAAUUUUAGUUUCCGAGAAUGUGGAUAUAUAUCUAUUUUGACUAAUACGAGUAUUGAAGAGCCAACGAUUCUUCAACCUCCCACUUCCUGAAAAGGAAAAGCUAUUCCAAACGCCUCGGUCCUUCGA